AUGAGAGGGAGGAUGGAAUAUGAGAAUGUGGUUGAGCUCAUGGAGCAAGGAGUCGAGCAAGUGAACUUCGUUGGAUGUUUAACUAAUUUGUUUAAGGACAUUGUCAUGGCUAUUGAAGAGAACGAUGAGAUCUUGAGAGGUCUAUGCGGAGAAGACGGUGUUGUUUAUGCUAUAUGUGAGUUGCAAGAGGAAUGUGAUUCUAGAGGUUCGUUGAUCUUGAAGAAGUAUAUGGAGUUUAGGAAGCUAGCUAGGUUGGCUUCUGAUAUCAACAACUCUCCAAAUUUGAAUCUGCUUGCUGGUGGUGCUUCUGAAAGACCAGACCCGAGAGAAGUAGAGCUCUACGUGGAGGAGAUACUGUCUCUGAUGCAGUUAGGUGAUGAUUAUACAGAGUUCAUGGUGUCAAAGAUCAAGUCUUUGACGUCAGUUGAUGCUGAGUUGUUACCAAGAGCUACGAAAGCGUUUAGAAAUGGUAGCUUUAGCAAAGUGAUUCAGGACGUGACGGGAUUCUAUGUGAUACUAGAAGGGUUCUUUAUGGUUGAGAAUGUGAGGAAAGCCAAAAGGAUUAAUGAGCAUGUACCGGACAGCCUUACCACAUCAAUGGUGGACGAUGUGUUCUACGUGUUGCAGAGCUGUCUGAGGAGAGCCAUUUCGACUUCGAACAUUAGCUCUGUGAUUGCUGUGUUGAGCAAUGCUGGUAGCUUGUUGGCUAAUGAUUACCAUGAAGCUUUGCAGCAGAAGAUUAGAGAGCCUAACCUUGGUGCUAGGUUGUUCUUAGGUGGUAUUGGUUGCAUCAAGACGAUGGUCGGCUUAAAACCAAAUCUCGCUUACUAA